AUGGCAUCGGAUAGCGAUAGUGAGGUUUACGCCGAUAAUUUGUCACAAAUUGGAAGUGAUUUGGAUAUCCCUGAUUUUGAUAGUGAAUGUGAGAGUGAUGAAGAUUUUUUUAAUCCUAGAAGACGUAGAGUUUUACCAAUUAUGUCCAGUGAUUCUGAAGGUAGUGACAGUGAAGAAGUGGAGUGGUCAGAAUUUGACAAUCAUCCGAAUAUUGAACCAUUUUUAGGUCAAAGUGGCGUGGUUUUGAAACCAAAUAAUCCACAAAGUGUAAGUGAAGUGGUUCAGCUAUUUUUGGGUAAUGAUUUGUUUGACUAUAUGGCCGAAGAAAGUAAUCGUUAUCAUUCACAAAAUAUUGAUCGUUUUAAAGACAGUGCAAAAUCUUUGAAAUGGAAAGACGUAUCUGCGGUAGAAUUAAAAAAAAUGUUGGGAUUACUUUUGCUUAUGGGCAGAGUUCGUAAGGAGAAUAGGGAUGAAUACUGGUCCACAGACAGAACAAUUGAAACCCCAAUUUUUGCCCAAGUGAUGAGUAGAGACCGUUUUCGCCAAAUAUGGUAUGCUUGGCAUUUUUCUAAUAAUGAAAAUAACGCCAAUGAAAGAGAUCGCCUUAAUAAAAUACGUCCAAUAGUGUCUUAUUUCAAAACAAAAUUUGAACAAGUAUACAAGCCAGAACGAGACUUGUCAUUAGAUGAAAGUAUUAUGCCAUGGAGAGGUCGCUUAUUAUUCAAGGUGUAUAAUGCUUCAAAAAUCAACAAAUAUGGAAUUCUAAUUCGAAUGGUUUGUGAAGCAAAAACAGGAUAUAUAUGCAAUUAUGAAAUUUAUCAUGGUGAAGGAAGUCGGCUUCAAGAUACAAUUAUACGCCUUCUACAGCCCUAUAAAAACUUGUGGCAUCAUGUCUAUAUGAACAACUAUUACAAUAGUGUCGAUACCUGUCAAGUCCUUUUACAACAUGGAAUUCGAAGUUGUGGUACUAUACGCAAAAAUAGAGAACUUCCUCCAUAUUUACAAGAUAUAACCCUGAGAAGAGAUGAAUCUGUGUUUCGUCGCCGAGGAGAUAUUCUUGUACAAUGUUGGCAAUCAAAAAGACUGGUUCGAAUGAUAUCAACAAUUCAUUCAGCCAGUGUGAUACAAAGCAGAAAUGUAGAUUGGAAUACGAAACAAAAUAUUUGGAAGCCAACAUGCGUUGUAGAGUAUAAUAAAUUUAUGAAAGGUGUUGAUCGAGCUGAUCAGUACCUAUCAUAUUAUUCUAUUAUACGACGCACAAAAAAAUGGACAAAAAGGACAGUGAUGUUUUUAAUUAAUGGAGCUCUUUUUAAUGCCUUUAGAGUUUUUCAAACUCUGAAUGCAAAUUCAAAAAUAAAAUACAAAACUUUUCUGCACGAUGUGGCCAAAGUAUGGAUAAAUGAAAAUGUUAAAGAUAACAUUGAUGAUCCCGGACCAAGUACAUCUUAUAGAAGAAAUAUAUUCCCAAAGAGAUUACUGGAUGCCAGUAAACAUAACAUUGUAAAAAUAACGGGUGGCAAGAAAAUACAUCCCCAAAGACAAUGCCAUGUUUGUGCUACUCAUAAAAAAAAGAGUUUAACGUGUUUUAUGUGCCAGUUAUGUAGCGUACCUCUUCAUAAGGGUGAAUGUUUCCAUAAAUUUCACACAUGUAAUAAGUACUAA